AUGUCGUCCAGUACCACUCCCCACAUUGACUCUUCUGAAAAUUUUGUUGGUUUUUCCCUACCCGCUUUUGACGUUAACAAUGCACGUGUCUGGUUUUUACAGUUAGAAGCUCUUUUCCGUUGCCGUAGGAUCACUUCUCAAAGUUCUAUGUUUUCCUACGUCGCUGCCCAUCUUCCCACGCACAUAGCCGCCGAUGUGGUUGACCUACUCGACCCUGUUCCUACCGAUUCCCCCUACGAUACGCUUAAGGCUGCUGUUUUGAAACGCCUUACAGCUUCUGAUGAGAGCAGACUUCAUCAACUUCUCUCCGGAGUUGAACUGGGUGAUCGCUCACCUUCACAGCUUCUCCGUUAUAUGCGCUCUCUCGUAGGUUCCUCUAAAGUCGACGACAGUGUCUUACGUCAAUUGUGGCUAAAAUGUCUUCCAUCCAACACGACGGCGAUUCUCGCUGUAUCCGCCGACGAUUUGUCACUUGACAAACUAGCAGAAACGGCCGACAAAGUUCAUGAGUGUUUCUUUCAACGCCCAGUUUGUCACGCUGUUGUCACCCCACCUGAGACUUCCUUGUCAUCAGAUGCCAUUGAAUCCAUUUGUCAGAGACUGUCCAUACUCGAACUCGCCGUUAAGAGAGGACGUCGCCCCCGCAGUCGAAGUUUUAGAUCCACUUCGAGAAGCAGAAACAGACACGCUAGGAACACUGGACAGCAUAUUUGCUAUUAUCAUCGACGUUUUGGUGAUGCCGCUAAAAAUUGUCGUCCUGGUUGCUCGCACCCGAAAGCCUUCCCCAAGGCUCAACAGGGAAACGCCCCAGCCAGCCAGUAA